AUGAGCGUGUUCGACGACCUCCCUCCUCCAUACUACACAGAGGUCACAACUCUGGAAACAGAGCAUCGUGAUGUCGCAAGUCUUAUCCAACAACUCUCUCGGGAUAUCGUAAACUGUGAUCAGCUGUUUUAUGAUGUCGGGGUGCGUAUCGAGGGAAGAUACACCGUCCGGGUCGCGCCCCCUGAGCUCGAUGAAUCCUGGCGCAAACACAAACAGACAUUUAAAGAUGUAAUAUGGGCUGCGAGGGGAGCUGCGACCAAGGUUCAAGCUCGAAAUGCAGACUUUAUUGAUGUCAUUCUACCAUCGAUUGGUAAUCCUAGCAUUUCAAUGGAGAGCAAACUAGAAGAGCUCAAGAGAUUCAUUUCUGCAAACUUCCUAACAACAACAGAAGCAGCGGACAAGCUUGGUGGGAUCAGCAACGAUAUAAACCCCAUACUAAAGAAAUACGAGGAAAGUGCGGACAAGAUGAUCGAAGGAAUAAAUGCCGAGAUUUCCAAGCUUGAAACCGAGCGUGACGCACAAAGGGAGAAGGAUAAAGCCAAGCACGAAAAGGGGAGUAGGCUUUCGUGGUUUAGCUCUCGUCCAGCAAACAUCUCUCCCCCUACUGAUACAAUCGAGCUCGACUCGAAAAUAGACGAAGAAAAGUCCAAGAUCAAUACUAUCAACAAGCAGAGAGAGGAGAUAAAGUCCAAGCUGGCAGACAUUAGGUUCGCUCUGAAUACGAUUCCGGAGCAAGUCGGCCAAAGCUUUAUGAGUACAUGGACUCAUCUCACCAAUGACGCGACCCACAUCAAGAACCGAAUGGAAGGCUCUACUUCUGAUCCAAUGCCUGAUAUCGCGCUGGUCACGAGGGCAUACAAGGCAAUCAAUAACGCACUUAGUUACUACGCGACUAAUGUUAACAACCUGCAUUGA